GGUUUUGUGAUAUUGUCAUUGACAAUAGCCGCGACAAAGACCUAAAGCUCAACUGCUGCCUGGCUCAGGUUUAGUCCCUCUUGAACACCUUGAGUUUACCUCUGUGUAUAUAUCAUAUACAAGCCUUACGUCACAAACCAUUUGCUUAGCGUUGAGCAUGCGCACUGUGACAUCGAAGGAGGAGGGCCUUGCGCUCUGAGGAGCGCCUCGCGCUCUGCCGCAUAUCUAAUAGUCUCCUAGGAUGUCCGGUCGCGGUCCAGGCGGGCCAUCGAAGGCCCAGCAGGACAAAUGGAACGAACAGGCUAUGCAGCUCAUGAAGCGGCACGACCAGAACGGUGAUGGCUUGCUGGACCCCCGGGAGAUGGCCUCAGCCAUCAACGAGCUCUGUGGCACGCAUGGGUUCAGCGCCCGCAGCCUGACUGCCUCACUGGGUCUGGACCAGAAGCUGGAGAACUCGUCCUACCGGUGGUCACCCGUGGAGUUCAGCGACAUGUACCGCAGGGCCAUGCUUAUGGCGGACACGGGUGACCGCGGCGGCGGCGGCAGCGGCGGCGGCGGCGGCUCCGGCGCAGACCGGCUGGUGGGCCAGGCGGUGGACGCGCUGCGAGACUUGGACGCCAAGACUGAGGCGAACCUGAAGCAGUGCUACAACAACUACUGCCGGCUGACAGUUGCGGGCGGCGGCAAGAUGAUGAUGGACGGCGAUCUCAAGAUCAGCUCCGCGCAGUGGCACCAGCUGUGUGCUGACGUGGGGCUGGCGCAGCCCGUGGGCCCGGUGUCGCCCACGGACCUGGGCAACAUCUUCUCCACCGCCUCCCAGCGCAGCAGCGGCCUCACGCUGAAGCAGUUCCUCACCGCGCUGGCCAUGAUCUCGCCCGACCUCAUCACGCUCACCAACCACAUCGUGGCACAGCUGGGGCCGCAGCUGCGGCCUCGUGCAGGCGGCGAUGCGCCGCAGCCCGCCUGCUUUCCGCUGCGCAACCUGGACCUGAAGUCGCAGGCGGCGCAGGCGCACUGGGGCGUGGCGCAGGGCGUCAUGUCCGCAGCCAAUGCGUUCAUGAAGGCGGGUCAAAUGGGAGGGGGUGGCGGCGGCGGCGGAGGUGGCGGCGGAGGAGGAGGAGGAGGCGGAGGCGGAGGCUUCGCGGGCGCUGUCGCGUCCGCGCUGCAGGGCGUCCCGUCAGGCGGCGGCUUUUCAAUCGAGUAUGAGGAGAGCAGGCAGCAGCGCGGUGGCAGCGGCUUCGCCUCGCCCGCGCACAUGCGCAACAGCACUGAGAUGCUCAGCCCCAUUGUGGGCGGCCCCAUCACCGCCAAGCUGGGCGGCGGCGGCGUCAAGCGCUCCUCGCUCACCAGCCUGGGCGGCGGCGGUGGCGGACUCACGGCCGGCCUGAGCGGCGGACUGCGCUCCGGCAGCGCCAGCGGGCAGAAGAGCCUGGACCUGCCGUCCAACCAGAUGGUGCUGCUGGACCGGCUGGCGGCGGCCGAGGCGCGCAUCACGCAGCUGGAGCAGCAGCAGUCGUUCACGCGCGAGAUGAUGCAGGCAGCCACGGCCGGCGGCGGCGCGUUCGGCGCGGCGGGCGGCGGCGGGCGGCCGGCGGCGGACACCGGCGGCAUGCAGGCGGCGUCCGCGCCUCAGGUCAUGGCGCUGGAGGCCAAGAUUGUGGCACUGGAGGCGGAGCUGGCGCGCGUGUCGCCGGGCGCCGACGCGCCGCGGCUGGUGGCGGAGGUGCGCGACAACCUGGACCUGCUGUCUCAGAAGGUUGAGAGCCUGACCAAGACGGUGGAGCGCAUGGGUAAGAAGGUGGACAGCUGCGAGAACACCAGCAAGGCGGCGGAGGAGGGCGUGCGCGCGCUGCAGGCGCCCAUCCAGGAGGCCACCAGCGGCCUGGCGUCCAUCCGCCAGGUGACGGACAGCCUGCGGUCGGGUGUGGUGAGCAAGGAGACGGAGCUGAUGACCACGCUGGUGUCGCGGCUGGGAACGGCCGAGGGCAACAUCGAGGCGCUGGACGGACAGCUGCGCAAGGCCAUGCGCGACGGCAAGGUGAACGGCGCGCUGCCCAGCAAGGAGGCGCUGGCGGCGGCGCUGGCGGCGGGCGGCUACCAGGAGCUGCAGGCGCAGCAGGCGGCGGGCACGGCGCCGCUGGCUCCCUCCACGCCCACCUCCAACGGCCCCUCGGAGAUCAAGGAGGUGCCUAUGACCGCCAGCACCGGCCAGCUCAAGCCGGGGGCGGGCGGCGAGAAGAAGGGCGACGACUACUUCGUGCAGACGCUGGGUGUGGUGCAGCUGGACAGUGAGGAGGACAUCAGGCUACAGAUCAAGCUGCUUUGCGAGGCGAUGGAGAACGUGAAGCGGCGCGUGAACCAGAUCGCCGGCUCCAACCACCUGAACCCCAUCGACUUCCCCACGCGCAACGAGCUGAACGAGGUGAAGAAGGUCAUCAUGGCGGACAUAUCCGACAUCGACGCCAAAUACGUCAAGAUGCAAAAGGAGGUGAACAAUCUGGGGCUCAAGAUGCCUGCGCUGGAGAAGAAGGUGGAGAGCAGCGCGCUGGGCUCGGGCACCGAGGUGGUGAACCGCCUGGUGUCCAUGGGCAUGGCGCGGCUGGCAGACGUCAAGGACACCGAGAACUACCUGGUGGACCGCGGCGCGGGCGUCAACAAGCAGUUCGACAACCUCAAGAAGGACAUGCAGGACUUCCAGGGAGACCUGCAGGCCAAUAUGGAGAAGCUAGUGACGCAGUUCAACAACAUCAACAAGCAGCUGCAGGACGCACGCCGAGACGCACAGGCGCCCGCGGUGGGGCUGGUGGCGGCGGCGGUGGCCGGGCAGGCCGGCGGCGGCGGUGGCGCCACGUCGGCCGCGACCGCCGCCACCGCGGCCUCGGCGGCUGCCACGGCGGCGCAGACGGCGUCGGAGGCGCGCGCGGCGGUGGAGCGGGAGCGGGCGGACCGCGAGCGCGAGACCCGCGAGCUGCGUGAGCGGCUGGCGCGCGCCGAGAGCCACCUGGGCGGCGCGCUGGGUGAGCUGCAGACGGUGGUGGGCGCCGAGCUGUCCAACAUCAAGGAGGUGCUCAGCCAGCUGGAGGCGGCCAUGAACACAUCUGACGGCGAGGCAAUGCGGCUGAUCCGCGAGCUGGACGGCUCCCUGCGCGGCGCCCUAGGCAGCCUGGAGCGCGCCGGCAGCGAGCAGAACGAGAUGACUGGCAAGGUCAUCAUGAAGAUGGCCCGGCAGAUCACGGAGAUGCAGGUCAAGCUGCGGGAAAUGGCCACGGCCAUGGCCUCGGGCCCGCCACCCGGCCACAGCCCCAUGCCCAGCCCGCCCUCGCAGCCGCCGCCCAUGCCCAUGGCGGCAGCGGCACAGCAGCUGCAGUCGCGAGAGAGCGAGUCGCAGCUGCCUUUCGCGGCGCGGCUGCUGGCGCAGCAGAGCGGCGGCGGCGGCAACGACGCAGGCAGCCCCGCCUCCCCUUCGCUGGCGCAGCGCAUCAUCCAGGGAGCUCGCACCUCCAUCAACGGCUCCGGCUCCUCUGGCGGCGGCCUGCUGCAGGGCCGCGCGCAGUCGCCGCUGACAGCGGAGAUGGCGGGCGCUGGAGGCGGAGGAGGCAGGAAUGUGGGAGCCAGCCCCGCGCGCGGCUCGUUGGCAGCGGACCCGCCGCCGCCGCCGGGCGGCGUGCGCAUGCCGCGCCUGUCAGACGCGGGCGGCCGGAAGGCGUAGCGGCCUUUGGUCUGCAGGGGUAGGGGGCGAGUGCUAGGAUGGCGAGGAGGUGGGGUGGGGUGCUGGUGGGGUGCGGGCUGGGGCGACGGAGGAGGACGAUGGCGGCGGCGGCGGCCGCCGCAGGCCCGGCAGAGCUGCGCUGCAGAAGCGUUGCGGAGCUGAGGGACCAGGGACAGGUGGUACGGCCGAGUGAGUUCUUUGGUUGGUUUGGAGGGUCAGGCGACUUCGGCGUGGGGCUCUUGAAUGGGUGCAUGCACGAUUGGGUUUCGACGACACACACGACUGGUGAUGACGAGCUAGGACUUUGUUGGCCGCACAUUGCUGUGAUGCCAUGCUGCGCGCGCACGGAUGACGGCGUACAUAUGAAUGUAUGGUGGUAUGUAGCAGAGGGGCGGGGGCGAGUCGCUACGUCCAGCGGGCCACUCAGGGAGGUGUUGCACAGGUUGUUGUGUCGGCAGCUAAGCCUGUUGCUUCGUUUGUUGGAAUGGUGGAAUACAUAUAAAUGAGAAGCACUGGUGUCACGAUGGCAUCCCCGAGCGGAACGGCGCUUGGCAGAAGUCUGUUACCGGGAAUUCCCGA